GAUUAAAUGUUUGUGUAUUUUGUGAUCAAAACAUCAAAACAACUCAUUUUUAUCACAUUUUUAUUUGACAUUUGCUUUUAAUUAACACUUUUUUAAUUCAAUUAACGCUUUAUUGUUAUUAAAAAUGUUUUCCGCAAUCAUUUGUGAACACAAUUAGCGAAACGUUUUAAUUAAAUAUAAGCCGUGUUUUCAAUGCAAUUAAAUGUCAAAUAAAUGGUAUUUUUGACUCAAAAUCGCAUUAAAUAAACCAUUUUUUGAUGAAAUCGAGUCAACAAUUACUGAAUCGAAUAUACGAAUCGGUGUCCAAAAUGGAUGGUUUGCUUCACAGACAUCGUGUGGUAAACCGUCGGGAAUGCCGUCAAUUGGGCCGCCAUUUGGCCGCAAAUGUGUGUAAACAGAGUAAACCACAAAUACAUCGGAUUAACUGCGAGUCCGAAGACAUACUGAGCUAUGCGUUGGACGAGAAGUCAUUGCCCGGUCUAUACAUCGCUGCCAAACCACUUGAGCCCGACUUAAAUGAAUACUUUGAGAUCGAAGUGAUUGAAUGCAGUUCUGCCGCAGACAUCGCGUUAGGUCUCGUCCCUAAUAACCACCCAUUGGAUCAAUUGCCCGGAUUUGUGGCCAAUUCUGUUGGAUAUCACGCCGGAGACGGAAGGAUAUAUUUGGGACAUCAAAGGGGAACAGUAGUCGCCGGCAAGUGUGAAGUCGGCGACCGAAUUGGUUGUGGCGUUCGCUUUGAGACCAUCGAUGACUCGGUUGACCCAUAUUUACAGAAAUUGAAUCCAAUCGCGCCGUCGAUGAAAAUGAAAGUGUAUUUCACGUUAAAUGGAUCUGAAAUUGGCUCAACAGUGAUCACACCAUUGCUUGCGAGAGGGAGUCCUUUAUUUCCUGCCAUUGCGUUGUGUUCUCCCGGAGAGGAAGUGAAGCUGAAUCUGAGUCUUCGGUGGUGUCCCUCUUCGUUAACCAGAAGCAUAUCAAACGAGUCGUUGAUGUGUAUCGACAGCUAUGAAGACGAUUGGAUGCGUUUACAUGAUAUUCGUCUCAAUGGAAAUGUAUUAGAAUAUGCGGGACGAGGGAAGAGUAUAUUAGACGUGGGCUUAGCUCAAGCCAGACAACCACUCGACACUCAAUAUCAUUAUUUUGAGAUUGAAAUUCUAGAUCCCGGAGAGAACUGUUAUAUCGCUAUCGGGUUAACACGAAAAGAGUACCCGCGACACAGUCAUCCGGGUUGGAACAAAGGCUCCAUUGCAUACCACGCAGACGACGGCAAGAUAUUUGUCGGUAGCGGUGCUGGCGAUCCAUUCGGCCCGAGUUGUCAUAGAGGAGACCUAAUGGGCUGUGGAAUCAAAUUUCCCCGUAAUUUCAAUUCCGGACGAAGCAAUCGAGUGUCAAAAGGCGUGAAAAAGUCAAACAAUAGCAAUAGUAGCGACGACUCGGAAGUGAUAAACGUUUACAGUUCUUCGGACGAACAGUUGGAUCAGUUGUCGCAGUCUUCGCAUUCUGGGGCCGAGAAUGACUCGUCGAUAGACAGCGACGAAAACAACGACUGGAAUGAAGAGAAGGAAUGGAAGGGUUGGAUGAUUCCUCUGCACAAUGAUUUGGUUCCACUAAAUCCCAGGUUUAUGGGCUAUCGGCACAAUUUGGGACCAAUGCCUCCGAUGGCACCCAUCCCUAUGCUUCCACCGCCCAGUAAUGGCUACAAUUACAUUGAAAGACCAGAUUAUAGGCUGGAAGAGCAGAGUUGGGGUAAAGUUGAGGUAUUCUUCACACGAAACGGUGUAAUAAUCGGACAAAAAGAGAUUUCUAUACCAAAAGGAGGCUUUUAUCCAACGGUCGGAAUGCUUAGCACUGCUGAGAAAGUUCGCGUAGAUUUACAUCCGCUCACCGGUUGACACAUAUUUAUCAUAUCUUUUAAAGCAAUUGUUUUAAAUUAUUCUUAUAUUUAAAUCUUAAUUAUUUCAUUGACUCUCUCUCUCUCUCUCUCUCUCUCUCUCUCUCUCUC